CUGGCAGUAUGUCGCCCCCCCCACUUAGUGACAAUGAAAUCACACAGACCAUCUUCCUCCUCCUAUUGGCUGGUAAGCUCCAUGGUGAUGCCCUGUGAUUGGGCAUGCCCAGCAUGCACUCCUGGCCAAUCAGGUUCACUGUAUCCAAGAGACUGAAGCAUGUAAGGCUAUUUAAAUCCAACCAGAGACUCACAAGAUUGUUCAGAUGUAUAUUUCACAGUGUAAAAAAUAAAAAGCCAGGGGGAAAAGGUUUACGAGUGGACGAAUGUGCAAAUCCAGACAGACCUGAUUGGUGUUUAAAGUGGUCGGCCCAUCUAGAUGGGUUAAAGAGACCCAGAGUGAAGCGUGAGUUGAAUGAAUGAACUUCUGCAUCAUGUACUCCUCCUGAACUCUGAGUUUAUCCAUGAAUUUUCGACCAAAUUCUACCUACUUUUCUGCACUGACGCUUGAGUUGCAGUACAUGAAGCUUGAGGAGAGCAGGGAUGGCUUGUUUAAAUCGAAUGGACAGAGGAAGUAAAAGCUGGGGGUCUUUUCUCCUGUACAGCUACAAUAUGUGUCAGUGGGGGCAGCCAACUAUUGGUCUUUCAUGUGGAGCAGGAAUGUUACAUCAAAGACCAACUUGCAGUGGACCACAACUACUGAGUGCAACUCGCUGAUGAACAUAGCGUAAGUCUGCGGCCAUCUUGUGUCUACUCGUUUUUUGAAACGUCAUACUUUGUGUAACUACUGCAAAAUGGCGGACAAAUCAGAAUGCUGAGCUGACAACAAAAAUUCUGUUCUUUGUCAUAUUGUAGAUGAUCUUAAUUUUGUGUAUACUGCUAAUACGAGAGAGUAUAAUUUAUUCUUAGUGAUGAACUUUGAUCUGUAUCUUUUGUUGAAUCACAUUUUCAGCCAAUAUUUACCCGGGAUAAAUACUUUUGUAACAUUCAAUAAAACUGAAAUGAAGUUGACAAAAUAUCUUUCUUUUAUUUAGCUUAUACUGUACUGGUUUCCCACACAUGUUGUUCUGUGUCAUAGGGAGUUGUUAUGUCAAGAGAACAUGAUAUCUGGCUUACAGGAUUAUGGAGAGAGACCUGGUUUUUAACAGGAAACAGAAGAGAGGUGAGAGCAGACUACAGCUAUGAUCGCUGUCCCCAGUCACAGUAUAUCCAUAACAACAACAGAACUACACUGACUGUCUAUAUCUGAAUGGCAGUCAGAAAGUAAUAGCAAAAAAAGAGUACUCAGAACACCAGAGACCUUGAAGUGUAGGGUAAUUAAAGCAGUUCAAGAUACUCUUUGCUUAAUAUCUCUCACUGUUUCUCUGUGAAGUCAUUUGUAAUCUCUCUGCUUCACUGAUGACUCUUGCUGACAGUUGCACUAGGUUUCAAGCUGCUACUGAACAGCAAUGUAAUGAUGAGCAAUUACUUUUAAAUGAGCUAAAUUUGUCUCUUUUUAUUAGAGCUGUUUGUUUCCUACUCCAGUGUGGUACUUAUUUGUGACCUUUGUUAAUCAGCUUUAUUGAAUUAUGUCCAAAAAAAAAUCUUGACAUGUUUUCUCAACAAAAUAUAGUCACUCUAAUGAGAAACUUUCUCAGUAUUGUAAGAUAAAUAUAUACGGUGCAAUAAAGAGUGAGGUCACAUUACAUAUGUGCGUCUGAGCAUUCAGCAUUUUGUCUUUAUAGUUGCACUCCUUCAAACAUGAUAAGAAUUUUUCAAUUUUGUAAUGGGCUUGAAUUUGGGCAUAAGGUCAUGGUUUAUACAGCAAUAAAAUUAUUUAUAAAUAUAAAUAUACAUUUUCUCUAACACAUUGCAGUGCCCAGGAUUAGUCUAGGAAUUAAGGUGAAGGGUAAUUCUAUUCGGAUGGUCAAAGAAAGUUUUAUGAGAAACUAGGAGAUGUAAGUUUACCAUUGUAAUUACAAUUUGUAUGUAAUUAUAUGUAAUUUAUUUUUGUUUGUUUAAAUUUGAUUUUAUUAAUACAUGCAUCUUUACACCAAGGACUACAAUGGAAAUAUGUCAUUUAUACUGUGAAACUGUUCACAUUUGUGUAGUUUUAAAUACACUCUUUCUUUUAAUGUCAAUGUACUUCAGUCCAGGACAAGGACUGUUACAUCAGAUUACAUUAAAUAAAAAAUACUUAAGACAGGCUCCGUCUUUUUCAACCUCCUGUCAAAUCAUUUAAAUGAAUUCAAAUGUCAUUUAACUAAAUUAUCCAUCACAUACACUGCCUAUAUAUAUAAAGACGAUUAGUAACACGCCUUAAAUCAACAAAAAAAGUAAUGCUGGGUCCUUUUUCUGAAAGUUUGCAUCCUAGAAUUACCUUCUCAACUGGUAAACGCGCGUCACCGUUACGCGCGAGCCUUCCGCUGCUCGUGCACGUGUUCUCCUCAGGCUAGUUAGUUGCAAGCUGGAAAACUUCACAAUUUCCCACAGAUUUCAGGUGUCAUAAUUUUUCUAUGUCGUCUGAGGAAGGCGACUUCAGGAGCUGGAGUGGUAACUAUUCCAAACUGUUUCCUGCAGAGGAUUUUACCGGGGUUUACGGUAAGUUUUCUAGUUAAUUCAAGAUAUUGGUUUAACUACAGUAGAUAGGAUUUCAUUCAUACCUGCCCUUCUGAUCCUCAGCUCUUCUCCGUCUGGUCCUGUAAAAGUUGGAUACACUCACUACAGAGCAGAAGUUAUUAACCGUUCUUAGAGCCAGUUAAUAAUAAAGACUUAAGCUCGUUUUCUAAAAGGUUAUUUUGUUUCCUGGGUUUGUUGUCCAAGCUAUCACCGCGGCAUUUGGUCACCAUGGAGACGGAGCGUGAACCCGCAGAAGGACUGCUGUUCAUUCACUCGCAUUGUAGUUUUGGACUCUUUAAGAAGACAAAACCAAAGCAUUAUAUUUUAGAUUUUAUCAUAUUUUAACCAUUGUAAAUACAGCCAUUAUGAUCAGUUUUUGCACCCUAACUUCAUAGUAACUGCACUUUUCCAGUCUUAGAAAAAUUACAUUUUGACUAUCACAUGGUUGCUCUCUAUUUAGUACCUCACCAGGUAGCCUGUGACCAAUGGAUGGAAAAAGAAAUACUAUCCAGUCAUCAGUGGCGACUGACUGAGAAGGCUACAUUUACAAUUUUAAAGCACUUACUUCACUUACUUUUAAACCCUCAUUUUAUGCUACUCAGUACUUAUACUCCGCUACAUUUCAGGGAGAAAUAUUGUGCUCUUUACUGUGCUAAUCAUCUGACAGUUAGGGCUGCAACUAAUGAUUGAUCCUCUUUUUCUGGCAAUUGAUCAGGUAAUUGUUCUGUCAAUAAAAUGUCAGAAAAUAUUGAAAAAAGCCUAUUAUAAUUUCAAAUAGCCCAAUUUCAGUUUCAAAUCACUUGUUUCAUUCAACCAGUGGUCCAAGGUUCAAAUACGAUCAUUUAUGACAAGUAAAACAUCAAUUUAUGUACAUUUGGGAUUGUUGUAGCUCCACUGACAAUUACAUCCUUUUAAGAUUUAACACAAAAAACAACUUAUGAUUAUGCUGUAAAAUAUGAUGCACUGUUAUAUUUUAAACUAGCCAAUGAUGUAGAGAGUAGGUAAAAUAAAUAAAUAAAUAAUAAAUAAAGUAUUACUCAAUGAAUCUAUUAAUUGAUCAACAUAAAAUUAUUUGACAAAUGUUUUGAUAAUUCAUUAAUCAGUUAAACUCUGUUUUCUGUUUGUUCCAGCUCCUUUUUAAAUGGGGAUAUUUGCUGCCUUUCUCUGUAUAUCUUUGGGUUUGGAAACUGUGAUAAAUAAAUUUAAAAAAAAAAAGGUGAAGGAUUUGGAUAAUGGAUAUUUUUCAUAGGACCCUCGGAAGCAUUUCACACCUACUGUUCAUUUUCUGUUCUAGCAUUAUCAAAAUUUUUUGUUUUCCAUUAGUGAUACACCCUAUAACCACUCGCAUAAUGAAGUCAAACCACUGAAGUCAUUUGCAGUCUGUCUUGGCAAAUGUCACACAGGCCUAAAUGGCCUCGAUGGAGAGGAAACAUGAGAUUUGCACCCCCUUCAUUCCGCGGCGCAGUGCUUUGACGAAAACGAGUGCAGAGAUUGUCAGUGAAGCCAGACAAUCCCUGAGAGUUCAAUCCACCCAGCGACCAUUUACUCCCAGAGAUGGACACAGGCAGCUUUUUGGAAAGAGUUCUGUUCGUGCAGAUCGUGGCAGCAGACCUCCAUCUGCCUUUAGUCUUCAUACUCAAAAUUUUGAUGCUCCUGAUUCAAGGCCAGGUUCAGGCACUCGCCUCUCUCCACUGGACCAUAAGCCAAAGUUUCCAGUCCCCUGUGAUGCUGAGGAUGCAUUCAAAGCCUUUCCCAAACCUCCUGCUGACCCACUGGAAGUGAAGAAGGGGCUGGCAGGGGCACGGGUGCGUCUCCUCAGGGCUGGAUCUCUCACCACAUUGCCUCCUGUAGAGGGACACACAGAUGCGACAGAGAGAGUAAACCCAGACCCAGGACAAAAGCAGCUGUCAGCUAAACGCUUGCCCGCUACAGAUCACACCAAGGUCCAUGGUGGUCCCUGCAAACCUGGCCCACACAGAGCAGCAAGUGAAAGGAGAAUAAAGCAGCCUGGUGUUGACUCAGGACUUAGACCCGCAGACUGCACAACAGGACGGAGAACAGAGCUGGGGGACGGAGACGACACCACAAGCAAAGAGGAGGAUGCAGAGUCAUUGAUGUGGAAUAACAAGAUUGGUCCUCUUCUCCAAGAGCUGGAGACUGUGGCUGCAGGCAGCUCCGAGGCCUCGGUGGACCGUCUGUGUGAUUUGUGUGACGGCCUCCGUGGCACCUUGGCAGAAGCGGACAUGCUCGGCCGACGUUGUAAGAGGAGGUCUGGGAUCCUUCGAGCGCUGUUCCACCUCAUCGACCUCAACUCUGCCCAGCUCAACCUGCACAUCGCCAAGCUCUGCCUCGCUCUGUGUGUCAGUGGAAACAACCUGCUCAACAUCUGUAAGCUCAUCUUCCAGAUCAGCCGCAGCGAGAGCAACGACAUCCUCUUCCAGAACAACUCUAUUAUAGACUCGUUGCUGGGCGUAUUGAGCAACGAGGAUGUGUCUACAUCUGGAGAAGCUCUCUUGUACUGCGUCGGGACUCUGAAAUUUCUCUCAGGAAACAGUGCAAUCCUCAGGCUCCUGCUGGACAAGAACUGUGUCGGCGUGGCUCAGAAACUCAUCCAGAGGCUUCACACGGUGGAAGAGACCCACUUCACUAUGGCAGGGCACAUCCUUGUACAGCUGACCGCGACCCUGAGGAACCUCGCCGAUCAUCCCGAUUCCCGUCCACUCUUUGUAUCCUUCUCUGUCCUGUCACAGCUCUGUCUGGUGCUGCGUCACCACCGCAAAGACCAGGACAUCUGCACCAACAUUUCCCGAAUAUACAGUAAACUCUCCUCUUACUCGGAGUGCCGCCUCGCCCUGGCCCAGACCCCCGACUGCUACCGACUAUUUUUAGAACUGCUGAGCAAACAUCACCAAAAACAGGACCUCGUCGUGCGCCUCCUUUUCACCCUCGGGAACCUCACGGCCAAAGGCGAGGAGGCCCGGCAGGAGCUCUACCAGUGCAAGGGCUGCAUGGACACGCUCCUCCGACUGUACGACAGCUACCAGAGAAGAGAGACAGGCGUCCCUUCCUCCAGCAAACCUCCCGUGAACACACAGGAGGAUGACGAUGUGCUGGUGAAGCUGGUCAGGGUGCUGGCGAACAUGUGCAUCCACCCGGCUGUGGGUCCAGCCCUGGCAAGCAACACGACCUUCAUUCAGCUUCUGAUGGAGACACUGGAGUUGAGAUCUGUGCAGGAGAGCGAGGAGCUGCUGGUGAAUGUGGCCGCAACCAUCAACAACUUGUCGUUCUACCAGGAAGAGAGCUCUGCAAUAAGACACAGUCGACUCACUAUCUCAAACCUAAUGUUGAAGCUGGUUCUCAGCUACAGUAUGGACGCCAUGCUAGAGGCCACCCGUGUGUACGGAAACUUGUCGCAGUCCAAGGAUGUGCGGGACUUUAUUAUUCAAAACAAAGUGCACCAGUUUGUAGUGACGCUGCUCGACUCAAAAAGCACUGAGAUGUGUUUCUCAGCCUGCGGGGUCCUCACCAACCUGGCUCUGGACCCUCCAAACCGGGUCAGUCUCUCACUAGAGGCGGCUGCUGCCAAGCUAGUGGACUGUCUGAGAGACUUGGGACCAGGUGACUGGCAGCUGGCGGGCCAGGUUUGUCAGGCAUUGUGGAACCUGAUCGGCGGAGGUUCAGAGAAGCUCCUGGAUACACAGGAGACAGAGUCCCUGCUGGAGGUCCUCAUUACGUACUCAGAUGAAGAGGAGGCUCUGAAGUGGAUAGAAAAUGCAGAUAUGAGGGCUUACCACAAGGAAUGCUGGGAACUGGAGUUCCUGCCUGUAGCACAAAAACUGAUGAAGACGCUCCAGCCUCCGGACCUGAUAGAAUGACACACAGAGACACAGAGUUAAGAGUCAUGUUGCCAUAGAAACAAAUCCUUUAUCCUCUAUAAAAACAGUAGAGGAUGAAGUAUUUGCUUCAUCUUAUUUGUAUCAAACACUCACCUGCUGUACGUUUGAAACACGGCUGUAAAAGGUAAAAAGUAAACUUCUUACAGGUAGUUUUAAGGCCUACAGACGGUCAGUGUUUCGUACUCAAAGCAAUAGAUUUCCAGUUGAAAAGCUUUAAUAGCUGAUAAAGGUAAUUAUGCAAAAUAAAAGCAGCUGUAUCCAUGUGAAUGUGAAAAUGACUGGAUUUCUUUCUCAGUUCUUGUCUAUAGACAAAUACUUGCACUUCAGAUCAGUAACAGUUUAUAUUUAUUUUCUUAACAUUUGGUCUUAUCAAUACCAGCCUUUUUUUAUUUGUGAACAAUUUUAACCUUUUAUGCACUUUAACUUUCACUCCCAUAAAGCUUGCUGAAGCCUUAAUUUCUGGAGUCAAGUUCUUUGCACAUUUACAUAAGCAGAUUUCAUCUGUUUUGUGAGUACACUGUGUUGUUAUGAGAGCUUUAUGAUAAUGUAGACUUGAAAAAAGAUGACUAACCUCAUGAGCGAAUCUUGUAUUGUCUGUGGAUUGUGUGACAUUGGAACUUGUUCCUAAUAAAGCAGAAAGCCAGAAACGUUUUGCUUCUCAAAGCCUUUAUUAUUACACAGAUAUGAGGCCAGGCAGUGCUUACAAGUUACACCAAGUAGCCUAAAGUACAGCAUUUCAAAAUCACAUUGUUAUCACAUCGAAACAAAUCAGAAACGGCACUUAAUGCAAACACCCCCCCGCCCCCCCCCGGUGUUCCCCGAGAUCUUACACAAUAGUGACCUUAAAACAACCACAAGACAAGCCGAUGUCUCAAAAACCCCUAAACAAAUCAUUAGCCAGUGCCAAUAACACAACAUUGUUCUCUACACAGAAUUUCUCAGAUUGAUAUGAAAGACAGUUGGCUGGCUGAUAUCAAGGUUGCUCAAAAAGAUGCUUCCUAUGCCGCAUAUCAUCUGGGGAAGCCACCGAAAAUGUGAAGGCAGUUUGGUCAGUGGGGAUAACAGUGAGUUUCUGCUGGUGAUUGUGUUUUUGACAGACAGGCCUCUGCGGCCUCGAUGGGAAACACCCUGAAGUUCAGACAGAACAGGGAAAGUCAAGGAUUUUUCCCUGUGAGGUGCGAUGCGGAGGCAAACAGGAAAGAGAGGUAAGGUGUCCGACGAGGAAUUCCCCCUUAUAUCAUCCAAAUGUCGGUCAGGAUAAAAAGAGAGUCUUGGACCUUGACCAGACUUUGACCUCUCAAGCUUAUUAUAUACAGUAAAAUGAAAUUCACAUGAAAGUCCCUGGACUGCACUGAUGACAAACUGAACCAUUCCCCUGAGUUCAGCUUCCUGUUAAUGAAGUCAGCUUUGUUAUCAAAGUGAACUUUGGGAACAAAAGGUGUGAAAAUAUCACUCCAUGUCUUUUCAUGAGUCAUCUUUUGCAUGAGCACAUACUUACUAAUGUCCAUGGGUUAUCUAAUUUCCUGUACUUGUGCAACUGAGCAGUGGAAGUGAGCUGAUGGGGACAGUGAUUGUGCUAUGACUGUUGAUUCCUGAAUUGUGUAGGCCUCUCCAUAUCUAAUACAAUCUCUUUGAUGAAGCAAUGAAAUCAAACUGUUUAGGCGAAAACUACGAAUGAUACACAACAAUUCAAUAUCAUAGUUUAUUUUUUUCAUCUUUUUCAUAUAAUUUCAUAUAAAAAGUGUCAGUAACUGACAUCAGUCAGAAGUUUGGAAAAAAAACCUCCACUUCCUCUCAAACCACUUCCAAAUGUACCAUUCCUUUAUCAUCAUCACCUCCUCCUUCUCCUCCUCCUCGUCCUCCUUAUCUGGAUUUUACUCAUUCAUCUGUCUGAUGUUCUCAAUCCAACCUCAGGAGAAUGCAGUACUUUACUGGUUUUAGUAAACAAAAAACAAAAAAGGCAGAGGUCUCACACCUCUGUUCAAAAUAAAAAAAAAAGCUGCUUUUGCACUGGUUAGACUUCCCCAGCAGGGAAAUAAGCACAGCUACAACCUUUUGCGUUCGAACAGCCAUCGAGCGCAGUCGGCCCUGUGUGGACGAGCCAGACGUCCCCCAAGCAACGGGAACCGCGGCAGCUCGGGAAAAAAAAAAAAAAAAAAAAAAAAAAAGAGUCUUUGCUCACCAAAGAGCACUUCUUAUAUGUUUUAUAGAGAAAAACAGAAGAGGUAUUCAUUUACUGGUAAAAUUCACAAUCCAAAGCUUCGAAAGUGUUAGGGCGACCAGGCAGCUGGGAUAAGCGGAAGACAGAUAAAGGUGUGGUUAGGGCAACCGGAAGCAAAUCCCUCCUGGAAAACCUGGUUUCUAACUUUCUUUUUGAUUAGCUUUUUUUUUCUUUUUUUUCCCAUUACCAGAAAAAUAAAGACAUUAUCAU